CGGACCCAUUUUAUUUUUUCUCCUUCGACAAUCCACCAUGGCCAACAAUGCCAUUCCCAACAGUAGCAAUCUCACCCCUACCAUGACCUUAUCUGAUACCGAUGCUAAUACCACUGAUGUCCCUGAGUUUCCUUCCCGAAAUGGGCCACAAAGACUAGUGGCGGCAGCAACCAAACAGCCAAAGCGGAGGCAAAAGGUGAUUCUAGAACCCGGGCAUUCACCACUAGAUUGGGCACGAUUGAAGAGCUCAGGUCAAGAUCUUAGGGGUGUUCCACAACUAGGUCGUUUCACAUUAUCAGAAAUCAAAGAGCAUCGAACGGAGAACGACGCAUGGACUGCGCUUAACGGUAAAGUGUACAACAUGACAUCCUAUGUCAAGUUUCACCCCGGAGGCGUCAAAGACAUCAUGCGGAUAGCAGGUAGAGAUGGAACAAAGUUAUUCAUGUUAACCCAUUCUUGGGUAAACUUCGAGUUUAUGUUGGACGAAUGUCUGGUGGGAUUUCUGGUUCCUGAGUAGACCCCUCUAUUUCUACAUUAUUUACUACGCUACAUACUCAUAGAAAGCUAUAGAGUGAGAUUGUAAAAUUUUAUCUAGGAAACACAGUUCGAUGUUCCAAUACACUGUACAAUAUACUGGUCGAUUAAAAGAUCACAGAUUUUGGUUGUA